CAGCUACGGUUCAUGUAGCCGUAGGUGUUGAACGCCUGUUCUACCCCUCCGUUCUUGAUUUAUUUUUCCAUGUGUUAGUUGUUUAAGCUUGCUCUAAACGGAGACUAUUCGUCUACUUACGCAAUUGUGAAGGGCGCACUCCAGCUCGUCCCCUUCGCCAUGAUAGAGGAUGACCAUUUGACGCCAAGUUUGAUGUCCAACCAAAGAUACAGUGACGAUGAUGGGUUUGUGCCUCCAGAAGGACUCUGCUGGGUGUCGGUGUUGUCCUGUUUGCUUCUGGCGUGCUCGUAUGUCGGCAGUUUGUACGUAUGGAGAAGCGAGCUGCCAAGAGACCACCCCGCUGUCAUCAAAAGACGCUUCACCAGUGUGCUCAUCGUGUCAACGCUGUCACCCGUGUUCGUGUGGGCAUGGAAGGAGUUUACAGGCAUCAGGCCUGAGCCAUCUCUGUUGGAGCUGAUGGGCAUCCGCCUGCAGGGACUACUGCCUGCAAUAAUACUGCCCCUAUUGCUCACUAUGGUGCUGUUCCUGGGGCCGCUGAUCCAGUUGGCCAUGGACUGUCCCUGGGGCUUCAUUGAUGGCAUUCGGGUCGUCGUAGAUCCUCGUUUCUGGGCGCUGUGUCUGAGUGACAUGCGCUGGCUGCGUAACCAGGUGGUGGCGCCCCUGACGGAGGAGCUGGUGUUCCGUGCCUGCAUGCUGCCCAUGCUCGUGCCCUGCGCUGGCCCCAGCACCGCCAUCCUGACAUGCCCGCUUUUCUUUGGAGUAGCCCAUUUCCAUCAUGUGAUCGAGCUGCUCCGCUUUCGACAAGGCACCGUGUCGGUGAUCUUCCUCUCUGCAGUUUUUCAGUUUUCAUACACUGCAGUCUUCGGAGCUUACUGCGCCCUUAUUUUCAUCAGAACUGGUCACCUGGUCGGCCCGGUGCUGUGCCACUCCUUCUGCAACUACAUGGGUUUCCCGGCGGUGAGCGCGGCGCUGGACCACCCGCACCGGCUGACGGUGCUCUCCUUCUACCUGCUGGGUGUGCUGCUGUUCCUGCUGCUGCUCUUCCCCAUCACGGACCCCCUGUACUACGGCUGGCCCACCCCCGCCUGCACCCUGGCCCCCGCACUCAGCUCCGUCUGCUCCUGAGGGAGGGGGAAAGAAGAAAAGAUACAUCCACAUCGCCAACCACUCUUGACACGCACUGACGCAGAGCUUUCACACAAUAUCUUUCACAUGCAUGCACACACACACCACGCACACCACACACACCACGCACACCACGC